GAGGACCCGUGUCCGUGCCUUUUCUCUCGCCUUCCGGUUCCGGUUCCGGUUCCUUUCCCCCCGCUCAGCUGGUUCCGCCCGUGGGGACGGACCAGUUCAGUCAGUAACCUCUGGAGGUGCGGAUCUUUCUGGGACCUGUCAACCGUGCUUUUCUUUCUAAAAAACUACUUUACUCUGUCUUUUGGAAAUGCAUUUGUGUUAAGUGCUUAUUUGGCUGGUUAUAGCAACAAGCAUUUGUUAUGAAGAACCAUGUCUGAAUCUAUGCACAAUCCUCAAAGCUUUGCGUGCCACUCUUCAGUUUGAAUUGUAAUUCACCCAACCAUCCUGCAAUCAUGUUUGCGCUUACAGAAAGGACAUGGUGUCUGUUUGUCAGACUUAGGAGGUCAUACCAUACUAUUGUUUUGUCAUAUCUUCCUGUGCGGAUGGAGAAACCACCUGCACGUUGUCCCACAUUCCUCAGGCAAUAUUGCUCUGACGCCCUCAAGGAUGUUGUGGAUAUGUCCCUAUUUCCUGCAGAGAACAUUAGGAAUUUCAGCAUCAUUGCUCAUGUGGACCAUGGCAAAAGUACACUGGCAGACAGGCUGCUGGAAAUCACAGGAACAAUUGCCAAAAGUGCCCAUAAUAAACAAGUGCUGGAUAAGUUGCAAGUGGAACGGGAAAGAGGAAUCACUGUCAAAGCACAGACGGCAUCUCUCUUUUAUAACCAGAAAGGAACAAAUUACCUUUUAAAUCUCAUUGACACGCCUGGCCAUGUGGAUUUUAGUUAUGAAGUAUCACGAUCGUUGUCUGCCUGUCAAGGUGUCUUGCUUGUUGUGGAUGCAAAUGAGGGCAUUCAAGCUCAAACAGUAGCAAAUUUCUAUCUUGCUUUUGAAGCACAACUAUCAAUAAUUCCUGUUAUAAAUAAGAUUGAUCUAAAGAAUGCCGAUCCUGAGAGGGUUGAAAAACAAAUUGAAAAGAUUUUUGAUAUCCCCAGAGAAGACUGUAUUAGGAUUUCUGCUAAACUAGGAACAAAUGUUGAAAGAAUACUUCAGGAAAUUAUUGAAAGGAUACCCCCGCCUGCUGUUUGCACACAUGACCCAUUGAAGGCUCUGGUGUUCGAUUCCACUUUUGAUCACUACAGAGGGGUUGUUGCUAAUGUAUCACUGUUUGGUGGGGAGGUCCACAAGGGUCAGAAGAUAACAUCAGCUUACACAAAGAAGACUUAUGAAGUUAAUGAAGUAGGAAUUCUGACACCCAGUGAGCAACCAACAGAUAAAUUAUACGCGGGCCAUGUGGGCUAUCUGAUUGCUGGAAUGAAAGAUAUCACGGAAGCCCAAAUAGGAGAUACUCUCUAUUUACAUAACCAGCCAGUGGAGCCAUUGCCUGGGUUCCAAUCAGCGAAGCCCAUGGUCUUUGCAGGAAUGUACCCAGUAGACCAGUCGGAGUACAGCAACCUGAAAAGCGCUAUAGACAAACUGACGCUCAAUGAUUCCAGUGUUGCUGUUCACCGCGACAGCAGCCUCGCGUUGGGCGCCGGGUGGAGGUUGGGUUUCCUUGGCCUUUUACAUAUGGAAGUUUUUAAUCAGCGUUUGGAACAAGAAUACAACGCAUCUGUCAUCUUGACAGCACCCACAGUUCCCUAUAAGGCAGUUCUGUCGUCAGCAAAAUUGAUAAAGGCACAUAGGGAAGAGGAGAUAACCAUCAUAAAUCCUGCAGAAUUUCCUGAUAAGUCAGUUGUGGUGGAAUAUUUGGAGCCUACUGUGAUGGGAACCAUCAUAACACCUGACGAACAUAUGGGCAAAAUAAUCACUCUGUGUCAGACUCGAAGGGCUGUUCAGAAAGACCUGGCAUACAUUGAUGAUCACAGAGUCAUGAUGAAGUAUCUCUUUCCGCUAAAUGAAAUUGUAGUGGAUUUUUACGAUGCUUUGAAAUCCCUCUCCUCUGGAUAUGCCAGUUUUGACUAUGAAGAUGCAGGAUACCAGACUGCAGAUCUUGUCAAGGUGGACAUUUUCUUAAAUGGAAGUGCUGUGGAAGAACUGACAACUAUUGUACACAAGGACAAAGUAUACAAAGAGGGUAAAGCUAUGUGUGAACGCUUAAAAGAUGUUAUUCCCAGACAGCUGUUUGAAAUUGCAAUUCAAGCAGCAGUUGGAAACAAAGUAAUUGCAAGAGAAACGGUGAAAGCAUAUAGGAAAAAUGUCCUGGCAAAAUGUUACGGUGGAGACAUUUCACGGAAAAUGAAGCUUUUGAAGAGGCAAGCAGAAGGAAAGAAGAAGAUGAGAAAAAUCGGGAAUGUUGAAGUGCCCAAGGAUGCAUUCAUCAGUGUUUUAAAGAGACAGCUUGAUAAGUAGUUGAAAGUCAACAAGUAUUACUUCCAGCUUCUUUGGAGUCAAGUUAUAGAAUGGCCAGUGCUGUUUGCAAGCUGGGCGGGAGGUCUUGAAUCUCAUAUGCAGUGUGAGUGUAAAUAGACAAAUGUGAUAGAAACUUCCUUAAAUUGUGUGUGUAUAUAACUAUUUUACUGUUCAAUAAAACCUCCUGUAUCACCACAA